AGCCCGCGUGGCACCGUGUACUAAAACAGCAAAGAUGGCCGCUGCCAGGCCACUGGUUUCUGUCAUCAACAUUGAGACGGGCGAGGCUGCGGAGCAGACGGCCUUGCCGGCCGUCUUCACCGCGCCUAUCCGUCCUGACAUCGUUCGCACAAUUCACACGAACAUGGCAAAGAACAAGCGCCAGGCCUACGCGGUGUUCAUGAAGGCCGGCCACCAGACCGCUGCCGAGUCUUGGGGCACAGGUCGUGCUGUGUCGCGUAUUCCCCGUGUGCCGGGUGGUGGUACACACCGCGCUGGUCAGGGUGCCUUCGGUAACAUGUGCCGAGGUGGUCGUAUGUUCGCUCCCACUAAGGUCUGGCGCCGCUGGCAUCGCAAGGUGAACGUUAACCAGAAGCGUUACGCCGUUUGCUCCGCUUUGGCUGCGUCGGCCCUGCCUUCUCUGGUAAUGGCCCGCGGCCACCGCAUUGAGCAGGUGCCUGAGGUGCCGCUGGUUCUCAGCGACGCCGUGGAGGGCUUGAAGAAGACCUCUAAGGCCCUGGAGAUCCUAAAGAAGAUUGGCGCCCUGCCCGAUGUGGAGAAGAGCAAGGACUCGAAGAGCCUGCGCUCCGGCAAGGGCAAGCUCCGCAACCGCCGCUACGUGAUGCGCAAGGGUCCGCUUGUGGUUUUCGCCAACGACGAGGGCAUUAGCAAGGCCUUCCGCAACCUGCCUGGCGUGGAGGUGACGUCGGUGGACCGCCUGAACCUGCUGCAGCUGGCUCCGGGUGGCCACCUGGGCCGCUUCUGCAUCUGGUCCAAGUCCGCCUUUGAGAAGCUGGACAAGAUAUUCGGCACUGCUACCAGCGAGUCUGAGGUCAAGAAGGGCUUCAAGGUGCCACGCUCUGUGAUGACCAACGGCGACCUGACCCGCAUCAUUAACAGCGAUGAGAUCCAGAGCGCCGUCAGGCCGGCCAAGGCCGCAGGCCCCAAGCACGCCCCUCUCAAGAAGAACCCGCUGCGCAACCUGGGCGCCCUGCUCAAGCUCAACCCGUACGCCAAGGUCGCCCGCCGUAUCGAGAUCACAUGCAGCGCCAAGAAGGGUGCUGUGCGUGCGGAGAAGCUGGAGAAGAUUGCCAAGGGCAUCGCGACGGGCGCCAAGAAGGACAAGGCUGUCAAGGCUAUCGGCAAGGCCUUCUACAAAAAGAUGCUUGUGGAUUCGGACUACAGUGGCGAGGACUACGACCAGUUCGCCCGCUGGAUUACUGUACAGAAGCAGACGAAGACUGCUUAAGCAUGUUGCUGUCUACUUGCUGGUGCACUGCCGUUUUAUCCUUGCGCGAAAGGGCUUCCGUCGUUGGGCUCCUUUCAGCUGCCGGUUACGCCACUUUCUGUUGUUCCACAAAGACGUCACAGGCUUCUCGUUUUGGGAUCUUGUGCAGCUUUGGGAAGUCGGGGGCGACGUUGCUGUGCGGGCUGCCGUUGUGCCCUGUGGGCGGGUGGGGGCAGUGCAGCUCGGUGGGCUCGUUAGUGGCCUUGUAUUUUGGGCGCCUGCUGGGCAUCUUGUCGCAGCGGCCGGUUGAGUUCCACGCGCUGUCAUGCUGCUGUGUUCCGUUUCAGUGUCUUGCGCGCAGAAGGACACGCUGCUCUCAGGGUGAUGUACGGUUGCAGGCUCCUAUGCCGCUGCAAAGCCAAUUGUUGUAAGGAAAAGUGGGAGCUUCGCAUUUGGCGAAUCCAUAUCCGUAUCAGCCAAUGUCUUAAUGCCUCAGGCCGUCAGGCACAGUCUUGAAGCAUCCGGAACUAUACUCCUGGCGGCAGCAGCAGCCGGAGUAGGAGCAGCCCUAACUUCGGCACUGACCGAAGCACACUGGCCUGUAAAGACACAUGCAACU